AUGCGUGUCAUAGCUAUCACGGCUUUUCUGGUCGCCCGCCAGACCCAGGCAGCUCUCCAAGUUGACCUAAACUCUCCAGACUCCAUCAAAGGCGCCGCCUCCCUCGUCGCCUCCGACCUCCUAACCUACUACCAUGGCUCCGAACCGGGCCAAACACCGGGUAUCCUCCCCGGCCCUCCCCCGGCUGGCGACUACUACUGGUGGGAAUCGGGCGCCCUCUGGGGCACGCUGAUGGACUACUGGCACUACACGGGCGACUCGACCUACAACGAUUUGAUCACCUCCUCCAUGCUUUUCCACACUGGGCCCCCGCUGAACGCCUACAUGCCCGAGAACUACACCAUAUCGAUGGGCAACGACGACCAAGGGUUCUGGGGCCUAUCGGCCAUGCUUGCGGCCGAGAUCGGCUUUCCCGAUCCGCCCGAUGAUCAACCACAGUGGUUGCAGCUUGCCCAGGCGGUGUUCAAUACCCAGGUGGAUCCUGGAAGACAUGAUACGGUGUGUGGUGGUGGGCUGAGGUGGCAGAUUCCGAUGUCGAAUAUUGGGUAUGAUUAUAAGAAUUCGAUUAGCAACGGUAUCUUCUUCAACCUCGGCGCCCGACUGGCUCGGUACACGGGUAACGAAACGUACGCGCACCACGCGCGGAAGACGUGGGACUGGAUGAUGGCCAUCGGGCUGAUGACACCGGACGGUGAUGUAUACGACGGAGCGCACACGGGUGUGAACUGCACAGAUGUCUUCAAAGCGCAGUUCUCCUAUAACGCGGCCAUCUUCUUGCAAGGAGCAGCGUUUAUGUACAGCUUUACAACCGGCGAAGAACAAGCUCUCUGGCAACACCGGGUGCAAACCCUCCUCGACCGCACUGCCGCCUUCUUCUUCCGCAUUGGCCCCAUCAUCGAGCUCUCCUGCGAGACCCCCGCGACCAUCCUCUGCAAAACCGACAUGUUAUCUUUCAAGGGGUACACGCACCGAUGGAUGGCCAGCACCGCGCAACUCGCGCCUUUCACGCGGGACACCAUAAUGCGAGUGUUGCGCAACUCCACCACCGCCGCAAUAAACUCGUGCAAGGGUCCCUUACACAGCGGUCGAGCGUGCGGCUUCCGCUGGACGAUGGGCGGGUAUGAUGGUCUGACGGGCGCAGGGCAGGAGAUGAAUGUUUUGGCGGCUUUAUCGUCUUUGCUUGUCGAUUUUCAGGGGGAUGAUGAUAAGAACACCAGGAAGGGCGCUCCUCUGACCGGCGAGACGGGCGGGACGAGUAAAGGCGAUCCGCACGCAGGGACGGGGAAGGGUGCGGACGAUCCGACGCACCUGACGAGGGAGAUGACCAGGGGCGAUAGGGUAGGGGCGUGGUUCUUGACGGUGUUUACGCUGGGAACGAUCGUUGCGGCUUUUGUGUUGAUGGGGACGGGAAGGUUUGAGGAUAGAGAGGGGAUGGCUGCGGCUGUGGAGAAGAAAAAUCGGGAGAAGGAGAUGGAAAUGGAGAUGAAGAAGAAGGAGUUGUCGAUUUGGUACAAGAUUGCGAGGGAGGUUGUUUUGAGGCAUCAGGGCUGA